AAUCACAAACAAUUUGGGAAAAAAUGAACCAAGAUUACAACAUUGAUGAUUUGCUGGAACACGAGGAAACACAAUUCCCUGCUCCGGAGUCUCUUUCUGAUAAACCUGAAAGUGAAAUUGAAAUUAUCGAAAUCCGUAAUCACCUGCUUGCGACCUACUUCUUAUAUAAUACUUUGUUCAAAUUAAAGCAAGAAAUAAAUCUUGAUGAUAUUAAGAAGAUUCAUCGCAUUCUAUUAAGAGAUACUCCGCAGGAGGAAUUUAGUGUAUGGGGUAAUAUCCAAAAAGCAGGAAAAUUCCGAACCGUGUCAAUGCAGGCAAUGGGUUACCAUUUGACCAUUUAUCCGUACGGAGAAGAAAUACCUGCGUUGAUGGAAAAGUUUGUACAAUUUUACAAUAAGAACGUCUCCAGUGGCAAUCUUGAUGAACAUUAUAUUCAUCCUCUUAUGAGCUCAUGCCGUAUACUAUCGGCUUUUCUUCAUAUUCAUCCGUUCUAUGAUGGCAAUGGACGCGUUGGUCGUUCACUCAUGGCACUAUAUCUUUCACAUGCUGGUUAUCCACCUCCUGUUUUUCAACAACUUGAUCGAAAAGUAUAUGCAGACGCGUUAUACGAAGCUCAGGCACAAAAGGAUCCGAUCAUGCUAUAUAACUUA